AUGUCUCCCGUCAAUGAGCAUAUCGACUUCCUACUUACUCCCAAUGUCUUGCGCGCCACGGUAGGAGCUGCAGUGCUCGGACUCACACUGUGCACUCAUCUCGCGACAACCAAAGCCACGGGACAAACGCUCUGGGGCUCUACCAAACAAUGCGUACAGACCUACACCCUACCUGUGCUUAUACCGGCUUGUUUGGGAUGGCUGUGGCUACAGCUGGUCAACAAGACUGUCCCCGAGCCUUACUUGGACGAGUUCUUCCACAUACCCCAAGCACAAGUCUACUGUGAGGGCAGAUACUUCGACUGGGAUGACAAGAUCACGACACCCCCGGGAUUAUAUGUCCUGAGUAUUAUUUGGGCACGCCUCGCUGGAUAUACCGGCUGUUCAGCCGACACACUCAGGGGUUUCAAUGUAUUCGUGAUUUCUUGCACCGCUGCCGUGGCAGGGGCGUGCCGCUCUGCCAUCGAAGAUUCCCAGCCCGGACGGCAGUCGAGCUCGGCCUACUCCCUGCACACGGCUGUCAACAUCUCCCUCUUCCCGGUGCUCUUCUUCUUCUCCGGACUGUACUACACAGAUGUCUUGUCAACUUGCGUCGUCCUCCUAUGCUACCUCAACCACCUCGGCAGGACGGGGCAGGAAUCCAGCAGGCGGUCUGUCUUGAAUGAUCUGUAUACCGUCUUCCUCGGCGUGCUGGCGCUAUUCAUGCGCCAGACCAAUGUUUUCUGGGUCGUUGUGUACAUGGGCGGCCUUGAGGCAAUUCAGGCAAUCCGAGACCUGCCUGUGAGUCACAAAGAACCCAGGAUGGACACUUGGAUAGACCACGUGAAGCUCUUCACCUCCAGGUCGUCCAGCGGGGCCAUUCACGAUCCUUCCCUCGACGAGGCAUGGCCCGAAGACCUGGUGCUCUGCGUUGUCAGCAUCGGCAUCGCAGCCAUUGCCAAUUUGGGCACUGUGUUGAAACGGGUGUAUACGCACAUCAUCACCAUGGCUCUGUUCGCCGGCUUCGUGGCGUGGAACGGCGGCGUGGUGCUGGGCGACAAGUCCAACCACGUGGCGACGCUGCACCUGGCCCAGAUGCUAUACAUAUGGCCCCUGUUCGCCUUCUUCUCGGCACCGCUCUUUCUGCCGCAGGCGCUUCAUGUCCUACAGGGUCUGUUCGGCCGCUUGUCCUCUAAGCCAGCAAAGGUACCAACAAAGAAGGGCCAGAAGCAGGAGCAGCCAGCAAAGCACAACUACCUGGGGAUCGGCCUGUCUGCAGUCCUCCUCGUCCUCAGCCUCGGCAUAGCCGCCGUCAUCGUCCGCUUCAACACCAUCAUCCACCCCUUCACCUUGGCCGACAACCGCCACUACAUGUUCUACAUCUUCCGGUACACGGUCCUGAAGGGCAACACCGUUCGGCUGGCCCUGGCCCCGGUCUACGUGCUCUCCGCGGUCCUCAGCUGGACGGCGCUCUACCGCCUCGCGCCGGCGACGAGCAAGACCUCCAAGACAGGAGCCCCCGCCCGCCGUUUGUCGUCUUCGACGUCUCCACGGGCUUCCACCGUCAUCCUGCUUCUCCUGACCACAACUCUCAGCCUCGUCACCGCCCCGCUGGUCGAACCCCGGUACUUUAUCCUACCUUGGGUGUUUUGGCGGCUGCUUGUGCCGCAGCGCAUGAACGCGCGCAGGACGGCCCUUGACUGGGUGCUCGGCCUCGAGACCAUAUGGUUCCUGGCCGUAAAUGCCGCCACCAUGUAUAUAUUCCUCACCCGGCCGUUCUACUGGAGGUCUGAGGACGGCACGGUGUUGGACGGAGGCAACGUGCAGCGGUUCAUGUGGUGA